AUGGCUGACUCAAAAAAUACGACUUCAUCUGUCAAUCAGACCUGUGAUCCAGGUGUCCCAUCAGUCAACCCUUUCUUUAUGCUGGUCUACAGUCUGGUGUUUCUGGUGGGUUUACUCCUCAAUGGCUUCAUCCUAAAGUUUUACAUUUCUCAAACUCAGCAGCAGGCAUCCAGCAGCUUGAUGGUCUACCUGAAGAACCUGACAGCUGCUGACUUCCUGCUCUGCCUCUGUCUGCCAUUGCGGAUAAUCCACUAUGCCAGCACCUCGGCCAUUUUGCACAUACUCUACUGCAGCAUUGGAGCUACUUCACUGUACCUCAACAUGUACACCAGCAUCCUUUUCAUGGGGUACAUCGCUGUUAACAGGUAUCUGAAGAUCGUCCAUCCUUCAGGAACUCAUGUCCUGCAGUCACUGCGAACUGCGCACAUCAUCUCCAUGGUCACCUGGGUUUGUCUCCUGGCUCCAUCAAUUACAUACGCCAUCGUCUUUUUCAUCACCCAGAAACCUCUGACGUUUACCCCCAGCCACUGUGGGGCCCUCUUUAGUGCAUCAAUCAGCCUGUUCUUCAAAAUCCUCCAAACCAUCUGCACCAUCAUCUUCUUGUUGGUGUCCAUAUUCCUGGUCUUCUUCUACUACAGCACCUCCCGCAGGGUGUUGCAGGCACAGCAGAGGCAGCUCGCCUCCUCUGGCUCUGAGAAGCUGGUGAAGUCUCGCAGGAACAUGUUGGUGCUGGUCAGCAUCUUCUGUGUUUGCUUUGUCCCCUUUCACCUGGUUCGACUUCCCUAUGCUUUUCUUUUGAACAGCUGCUCUGUUGGUCCAGUGUUGUUCUACCUGAAGGAGGCAGCCACCAUGCUGUCAGUUUUCAACGUCUGUCUGGACCCUCUGGUUUACUUUUUCCUCUGUAAGACUUUUCGGGCCCAGGUGAGAAAGGCGUCCAGGAGGACCAACAUCCAACAAGCAAACACAGAGAGUCAGAGCACUGAGGAGAAACUGAGCAUCAUUAAGAGCAGCAAGUCAAACCAGUGA